CGAUCGCUGCUUUGAGACGAGAAAAUGAUGAUGCUUUCACAAAUUUACAUUAAUUUAUUUUUAUAUCGUAGCUAAAGGCAUACAAAGCCUCUGUAUUAAAUAUGUAUGUAUGUAAAUGUUUAUGUAUAUGAAUUAUAUUUGUAUUAUCAAUGUGUACAUAUAUAUCUAUUGAUCAAUUUUGUAUUUGUGUGUAUUGCCGAGUUAAAAUCAAAUUCUGUGCAGGCUCGGUAUUUAUAAAACAAUUCACCAACUAUUUUAAAUGUGUACAACUUGUCUAUAUUUACAGCGACAAAUAUUGUACGAACUUAUGCAAAUAUUCUAGUUUUUAGUGUAAUAAGCGGUAUAUGCUAGUAUUUUAAACUGUAUCAAAUAUGCUUGUAUUUAAUGUAUUGAAAUAUUUAUUACUUUUCAUACAAAUAUACCACAAAUACAAUUAAACGAAUUAUAGAAAGGCAAUUUAUUUCUUUGAAUAUUCUUUUUUAUAAUAGUAAUAUAUAAAUUAUAGUAACAAGCUACUGCAAAUUAAAGCUAGAUCAAAGAGUGCGGCAGUUGCGAAGAUGUACUAAUUUCCAAUUAUUUGUAUAUAAGUAAAAGUAAAGCACCCUAAAUAUUUUUUCAUACAUAUACCCACAUAUAUAUAUGUAAAUAAGUAGCUGUUGACAUAAAAAUACUAUAUGUAUCUGCCAGACUUGGCUCUAUUUGACUUUUUUGUCUUUUCGAAACUGAAAAAUUAACUUCUCGGAAGGCGUCAUUAGUCCAUUGACCAUAUAUAAAUAGUCAGACAAACUAUUGGUAACUUUUUGAUUUCAUGACUCGUAAUAAAUUUGGCAAUUAUUUAUAUAAAAUUAUAAAACAGGAAUAUGAUAGAAACAAGUUUUAUUAAACAGUUGUAAUAAUUUCUGGAUUGCAACGGAUAUCCUAAAUUGCUUUUGUACGUUAUUUCUAGGGAAACAGAAUGUUGACCGGAUGUAGAGUGUUUCUGCCAGUUGAUCAGGUCAGAAAUUAGAAUAGAACUUAUGGGUGUACUAAAUGCAACUAUCGACUGCUAAAAUAAUUUAUUUUAUUACACUAUAACAACUAAAUGACUUGUAUUCAUUACCUCUUUAUGUACAAAAAAAUAAUGUGGAGCUGUUAUAUUGACAGCACAAAUAUUUCAGCCGGUUAGUAUUUAUUGCUUUUGCGUAAUGUUAUCACUGACAGUCUAAUGUCUUUUAUUUGUUAAGAACGCGGAAAGGUAAAUUCAAUUUGAUAGCCUUGGAUGUUGUUUAUACAAUACAAUAUUUCAACGAAAAUAGUUUAGUUAAAACGGAAUUUUAUACGAAUUAGUCAAUUAGUGAGCGAUAUUUCUAGCAAUACAACUUUCAGUAUAUACAUACAUAUACAUAUGGAUAUGUCUUUUGACAUAAAAUUAUUUAUAUUUGGCGGCUUCUUGUGAUUUUCCUUUUCUUUUGUCAGUCUAAACUCUAAAUUUAGUGGUAAAUGUAUAGUUUAGGUCCCCCAACUAAGGAGGCCUCAAAAAUUAAAAUUUUUUUUAUUUUAGUCAGCGUGAAAUAACAGACUUUUAGUAUUUUUGUGUAAGGUUUGUUUUAAACAUUUCCAAAUAUUAUAUGCAUUUGUAUGUCAAAUUAUUAUAAAUUUAAAUAGUACUAAUUUUCUAUACUUUCCACUUUAGUCUUUGUUUGACGCAUUCUCUUCGCACGACAACAUGCAACCCUGUAGCAAAGCAAAUUUCUAAAAGCAGAAAAAAAUGUAAAGGCAGUAGUCAAAAUUGGUUGCAAAGAAAAGGUUUGCUAGAUAAGUUAGUCAGCAUAAAAAAUAUCAUAAAUUAUUGAUGCGCUGGUUACCCGCUGUCAUCAUGUUGUUGGUGCUAUUCUAAAUUAAAGGGUAUAAAAUCGAUUUUGUACGCAAGCAAAAGCGAAUUGGUGUACUUUGUUUGGGAACAGUAAAGGUUCGACGAGUAGCUGCGUCGGAAGUCAAUUGUGUGUGGAAUUUGUGGUAAUAAUACCUCUUCGGAGCGAUGGAUAAAAGCGAUCACAUUUCGGUAACAUUGUCCGGUGUCGGUGUGAACGACACGGAAGAUGACAGCCUCGCUACGAAACAGCCCCAACGACGUAGCUUGCGACGAUCUUGGAAUCAAUUACCACGUUGCCAACGCAACCUUAUCAUUUUAGCCGUGCUGGCGUUAUGCUUAACAUUAGUCUUAGUUUUAUAUAAUGACCAAAUUGAUGCAGAGAAUAGCAGAUUAAUUGGCAAUAACGGCGGCAGUUUCUUAUAUCGCGAAAAUCGCGAGGUGGCAAACAGUGCCGGUUUAGUGCAGAAUGGGCUUAGCGAUAGUUUGAACGCGCUAGAUGCGGAAAAUCUUAAUAAAAAUCUGAAUAACCCUUUGCCAGAUAUUGGACCACCACCGCUGUCAUUCUCAAAUGACAAUGCGCCGGUAUUUAAAGACAUAAAGGUGCUCGACACGCCCAAUCUCAAUAAGAAAGGCGACGGUAAUCUGCACCAUGUCGAAAAAGGUCCGAAGGAAAGUUUAUUACAAGGACCUUUAGUCGAAUUUCCCAACAAAAUAAGCAUACAAGAAAACAAUGAUAAUCGCAUCGAUGAACCUGCUGUCGAAGCACAAUCUGGCGGUGGGGAUGACAAUGAUCGUGCCGCCUUGGAAGCAGCGGUACUCAACCCACGGGUGGUGCCCGGAACCAAUAACGUUUUAAUUACAGAUUAUAUCAAUAAUAUGGAUGCCAAGUUGGUAGCGCAAAAACAGCAUUUCCAUGGUGCAACCAAUGAGCGGCAGACUGCUGUUGUAGCCGCUUUUAAGCAUUCCUGGAAUGGUUAUAAAAAAUACGCUUGGGGUCAUGACAAUCUAAAACCGUUAUCGCAAAGUUCACACGAUUGGUUCGGUUUGGGUUUGACCAUAGUGGACUCAUUGGACACAAUGUACAUAAUGGGUUUGGAGGAUGAAUUUACUGAAGGUCGCGAGUGGGUUAGCAAUUUCUUGACAUUUGAUAUCAAUCGUGAUGUAAAUCUCUUCGAGGUGACAAUACGUAUAUUGGGUGGUUUGCUGUCGGCUUAUCACCUGAGUGGCGAUAAAAUGUUUCUGAGCAAGUCGAUCGAAUUGGGCAAUCGUAUGCUGCCAUGUUUCCUCUCCCCCUCGGGCAUACCAUAUUCGGAUGUAAAUCUGGCCUCAAUGUCAGCGCAUUCACCCAAAUGGUCGCCGGACAGUUCAACUAGCGAGGUUACAACAAUACAAUUAGAAUUUCGGGAUCUCAGUCGUUCGACUAAUAUACCGAUUUAUGAAAAAGUAACGCAUGCAGUUAAUAAGAAAGUGCAUGCUUUGGAGAAAACUAGCGGUCUCGUGCCAAUAUUUAUCAACGCCAACACCGGCACAUUCAGAAAUUACGCCACAAUCUCACUGGGCGCACGUGGUGACUCCUAUUAUGAGUAUCUGCUAAAGCAGUGGCUACAGACCGGGCGGAAAACCGACGAUUUUCUAAUUGUGGAUUAUAUGCGCGCAAUUGACGGUGUGCUUACGAAGCUGCUGCGUCGUACGCCCAAAGAGCAGCAUGUCUACAUUGGUGAAUUGAUAAAUGGCAAAGAUUUCAAACCAAAAAUGGAUCAUCUCACUUGCUAUUUGCCGGGCACACUGUUGUUGGGCCACAAAUUCGGCAUGCCCACCUCACAUUUGUUGCUCGCACGUGAUCUGCUCGAAACCUGCUAUCAAACAUAUAUGCGUCAGCCGACACAAUUGGCGCCGGAAAUAUCCUACUUUGCGCUCACCACAAAUGAAGAGCAGGAGAUUUAUGUGAAACCCAAUGAUGCGCAUAAUCUUUUGCGUCCCGAAUUCGUAGAAAGCUUAUAUUAUUUUUAUGCCUUAACCGGCAAUCGCACCUAUCAGGAUAUGGGCUGGAAUAUAUUCCAAGCAUUCGAGAAGCACACCAAAGUGGCCUACGGUUACACGUCCAUUGGCAAUGUCAAGCAUAUAUUCAAUACAAGACUGCGUGAUAUGAUGGAAAGCUUUUGGUUGGGUGAAACGCUUAAGUAUUUCUAUCUAUUAUUUAGCGAUAAUCGCAAGGAGAUCGACUUAGAUAAAUGGGUAAUCAAUUCCGAGGCACAUCUGGUGCCAUUGCGAAAUCAUUAAGUUCGUGCUGUUGCUUGCAUGUGGGUACGCGUGUGUGUGUAUUUGUGUGAAACGUUUGUACAUGACUAUGACUAUUUUAAAGCGAAUCGAAUUGAGUUGAUACAACUCGCAAUGUAAAUAUUUACAACAACAAUUAUUUAUACAACUCUAGCAUGCAAUCCAAUUUGUCGCAUAACAUGUAUGCUUGUAUGUCAACGAUAUUAUUUAUUACUAUUUUUAAAUUAUUUAUAAAAUGAACUAACUUAAACAAAUUUUAACGGUUAGCAAAGAGAAUGCGCACGAUCUCCGUUAGUUGUUAAUUAUGAAAUAAUUAACAUUUAGAAGAUUACCAAAAGAAAAGUGUUGGUCUUAUUUAAGAACCAGAUUGUCACAGACCGCAAAAUAUAAAUCUACGCUCACCGCACUCGCCGUGAGAGAAAAUUUUAUGAGGUUUUUCUUAAACAAUCACUUUGUAAUGACACAUAAAAUCACAGUUUGAUACGUUUCUACAAAAAAAAAAUUUUUUCCUUACAAGCAUACCUUGAGGCGUUCUGUAGAUUGUUAAUUUAAUUUUUUUUUUUUAAGUAUUAAACAAUUUGUCUAAUUUAUUAGAAAAAAUAAACGCAAUUUGGAAUUGCGUCCAUAUUUAUGUAUAACGGCUUCACUAUCUCAUGCGCAGAGUUAGCGUUACUUUUACCGUCUUGAUAUUGGAGUUUUAGCUUCAGUUCUGAUUCCUUUUAGGUAACAUCUGCGUACAAAAACUUGUUUGAAUUUUUAUUUCAAAGUAAAAAAGAUCCAGUCUAUACAUACAUAUAUCUUUAUAUGUAACGCAUAAAAAUAAUUGUAAAAAGUGUACUAUGCACGACUUGCACCAAAACUCAACGGAUUAGAGAUAAUAAGAUUUUAAUCGUAGUUGCUGUAAAAAAAAAAUGAUAUCAAAUAUUUAAUUUCAUAACAUAUAAAUAUGUAACUGUAUUUCAAUAUAUUGUAGUAAACAGUUAUUUUUAUUCCUAUAAUUAAAAACUUAUGUAUUUAUGUAUGUGCAGUAUAUUAAAAUCCACGUGACUCGCACUGUAGACACUUUUUUUUAGACAACGCAUGCGCGUAUAUUGUAUAUUCAAGCGGCACUAAGCUGAGAUAAGUUUCAUGUGUAUUCGCCGUCUAACAAAUCGCUCCCUACAACAUGUGUUAUAUAAUUUUAAAUUAAAAUAACAGUUUUAUUUGCAGAUUUUGAGUAUUUUAAAUUUGCUAGUUGCAAAAAUAUUCAAGUUGAUAAUAUUUUUUUUCAUAGAAAAUUUUAAAUUUUGCUACUUUUUUCACGUACUAGGUAUUGGAGUUGAUAAAAAUAACAGUGAAUUAUACUGUAAUUUAACACUAAAAUUAUUAUUAAUACAUAAAUAACCUGGUUGCAUAUAUAAAAAUUUUAAUUAAAAAUAAUUUAUAAAUUUUUAAACACUAAUACAGAUUUGAAAAAAAAUUUAAUCCCAAAAAAUAUGGUAAAAUUAGAUUCACAAUUUUUAACCAAAACUAACCGAAUUUAAAAUUGAAAAUUUAGUUCUUAAUUCAAGAUGGUGGAAUUACAAAUUAGAUUUUCAAUUUUUAAAUUAACAAAUCCCAACCCUGAAAAAGACCAAAAAUCUACAAUUCACUAUGCAUGUAAAUCUUAUCUGGCUUAAAUAUAUUAAAAAAUAGUAAAGUAGCAUGAUCACCAACAUGAUCAACAAUAAACAAUUUUAAUAAGUACAAAAACAAAAAAACAGUAAAAUAGUAAAAUAAAAUUACAGUAGUAGACAACUUAAAUAUGUAUUUGCUCAAUUGUGCUAUAGAUGUAUGUAUGUAUGUAUGCGCAAGCAUCAAUUAUAACGAAUAUACUAACUAAAGCAACUCAUAAGCCAGAGAGGAAUACAUCUAAAAUAAGUAAACCAGAAAAAUGUGUGUAUUUUAAAUAUUCAAAAAGCCUGCUUACUAGAGAUAGAGCAUUCUAUUUCAUCAAAAAAUGUAAGCAUUAUAUAAAAAAAGCAAUUAUUAUUAUUACGCUAAACACUUGAAAAUCAUUAUUUCUUCGCACAUAUUUGGUUUUUAAGUGUUUUUCGCUUCAUAUUUAACUCAAUAGCUCUUUAGCAGUGUGUUUUUAAGAAAGUAAAACUUGAAGUGAAACUGCCACAUAACCUCAAGCAUACCAGCAACUCCAGUAAUACUUUUAAUAUGCUAUGCAUAAAUUUGCUUUCUUUUAUAAAAUAAAAUAAAAAUAAAAAAAUAUGCAAAAGAAAACUACAUAAUCAGUAAAAAUAACUUAAGCUAAGGCCAGGAGCUUAGUGGAAUGGCGCAUAUUUUACAAAAAAAAAAAAUA